AUGUCAACCGCCGGCCAGUUCUCCUCCAAGAACCCAACCAUCAAACGUAUCUUAAAAGAAGCUUCCGAGCUCGCCAACCAACCCUCCUCAGACUAUCAUGCGGCACCACUAGAAACAGAUCUCUUCGAAUGGCAUUUCACAAUCCGUGGUCCGCCCUCACCGUCACCAUUCGAAGGUGGAUUGUAUCAUGGCCGGAUAGUCCUACCACCCGCAUACCCACUCAAGCCACCUAGCUUCCGAUUCCUGACGCCUACUGGACGCUUCGAAGUCAACCGUGAGAUAUGUCUAAGUAUAUCAGGCCAUCACGAGGAGACAUGGCAGCCUGCAUGGGGUAUUCGGACAGCGCUGGUCGCGAUCCGAUCAUUCAUGGACACUAGUGCUAGUGGGCAGCUAGGUGGUAUGGAGGCUUCGGAUGAUGUGAGGAGACGGAUGGCUGGGCAAAGUACGAGUUUCAAGUGUACAGCUUGUGGGAAGAGUAAUGUAGAGGUUAUGAAGGAGCAGGAUGAGGCUGUCAAAGAGCUUGGCGAGGAUGGCCAGAGGGAAGAGAUUGUGCCGGAGGAGUUGAGGCUGGCUUACAGGGAGAACUUGAGUGAGAGGAAAGACAAUCCAAGUACAUCACAGGCACAAUCACCAUCUGCUGUAACUGCAUCAAGUACAGCGCAGCCUCAUGACGGACCGACCACGAAAGCAGCAUCCGCAAUGGCCAAUGCAGCAGGGACGUCCUCAGCACCAGCCGCGGCACCCGCACAUUCACAAGCACAGCAAUUACAAACGCAACAGCGCCCAGUCGAAGAAGGACUACCGCCCUGGAUCGACAAGGCUAUCUGGGCUGUGGUGGGAGCUUUGAUCUUCAUGCUCUUACGUCGAUGGAUGUCAUUACAUUUCAAGACCUCACCAGCCAAUCCUACGCAGAGCUAUACGACCUUGACAAACACCUCCAGCUCAGCGACCUGGGCAGCCGAGCUUUCAGUUGAAUUGAUCGAGCGCCUCGCCAAUGGCACCAAAUCGGGCCAACGUCUACUACCACUCGGCUACGGCCUGAAUGUCGAUUACCCAGCUCUGAAUGCGAGCUGCCAGAACCCACCCUUUGUGCAAUCACGUUUCACCGGCGGCGCAGGCAUGCCUCAGAUAUACUGUAACACUACCACCGGCUUAGUCGGGAUCCCAAACAACGACUACUUUGGCUUGAAGCCAGCUGGUGAGAACCAGUGUUACAAUGGUGACUGCAGCUUGCCAGGGGAGAAUAUGGUGGUGACGGCUUGCCAAGGCGCUGUUACCUUGUUUACUGUAGAUUAUGAUGCGCCGGAGAACGUAGAGACGAGGCAGGUGGAGCAACAGUUGGGAUUUGCUAGUGCUGGGGCUGAUGGUAGGCCUGGGUGGGGACCUGCCCAUGGGUGGCCUCCAGCUUGA